GUGGGAACCCCGACUAUGUGCGGGAGCAUGGAAUAGGGUUUGCUCUUACCAUCAUUGCCAUUCCGUCUCAGCCCAUUGCAAGCUGGUAGCACCACAAGAGAGCAGCUGCGUGAGGCCAUGGCCUGUUGAUGACAGCUAAGCUGACGGUCUGGGUGAGAUCAUCGAGUGACGUUGAGCUCAUCGUAUGACGUGGGAGAGGCUGACACUUGCUUAAGGCUCACGACAGGCGGGUGCCCGGGAGGCCUGGGUAAGUCGUCUCGGGGAUCUAUAUAGGGGCCAGCUGUUGCUCGCUUGGGAGUAGAAAGAUCUAGACCAAGCCAUUCGACCAUCAUCACCGAAGCAUCCUUGCAGAGACAACAACUCGAAACUCUCCUCCUUCACCUACAACGACUCACCACAACAUAUAUCAAAUCAACCAAAAGAACACACACUCAUCAUGCAGAAAGCAAAGGCCGCCGCUGCUAGCUUCCUCUCCAAGGAUGGCAAGCACAAGACCACCGUGGACCAAGAUGUCAACGCCGCCGUGACCGAGGAGCACGUCAAGCCUCAUGAGCACGAGACGGUCACCACGGCCGUUGACCGUGAGGUCCACCAGGACCACCAUCAGACCCGCAUCCAGCCGGUCAAGGCCAAGGAGACGCUGGCCGAGACGUCUGAGCACAUUAUGGAGCCCACGGUGCACAAGACGUUUGAGCACAGCAACGAGGCCCAGGAGCGCCAGAAGCUCGAGCAGGAGCGCGCCGCCUUCUCCAGCUCCAGCGUCACCCACGAGACGACGCACUCGACCACCAUGGCCCCGGCCAUCACGGGCGAGCGCGUUCACCACCACGUCCACGAGCACAUCCAGCCCGUGAUCCAGAAGGAGACCAUUGCACCCCACGUCGUGCACAAGACCGUCCCCAUCCACGAGACGCACCACGCCGCCCCCGUCCACCACGAGGUCACCACCCUCCCCGUCAAGACCCUCGAGGAGUUCCAGGCCGGCGGCGGUACCUUUCAGGGCGAGAACAUGCACGUCACCCGCGAGUACGAGGGUUGCCCCGGCCCUUACAACAAGGAUCGCGAGCUGCCCACCUCCGCCCUCGGCAGCGGUCACUCCCACCAGCACCUGACUUCGUCCACUGGCGGCGGUGGCGGCGAAUACACGACGAGCCGGGAGGCUGGCUUGGCUGGCACCUCCUCGUCUGGUGCUGCUGGUGCUUCCGCCGCGGACCGAACUCCGCGCACGGGGGAGAACCUGGGUGGAACUACGUCCGGCACUUCUGCCACUGGCGAGCGCCACAAGCCCUCACUCAGGGAGAGACUUGACCCCCGCGUUGACGCUGAUGGUGACGGUAAGAAGGGUGUCUUGGGUUGAAGGGCGUCUGUUAUGAGCGGUUCAGCGACUUUUCAAAUACCCUGAACGUCUGUGCUAUCAGAUAGUUGUAAUGCCAGGCUGAGUUGUGUGCAUUGUCUAUUUGAGGAGAUUUAUUGCGUUUGUGAUAAUGCUGGGACGCACAAUCUAAACAUCCUCAAAAGUGUAGAUAACCUGGUGAUUUUAUUUACAUCUUCAAUGUGUGCGACUGUUAAGAAACACUUUUAUCUGUCCAAUUU